GGCAUGUGUUUGUUUUUUUCAAGUGGCGGAAAUGGGCUUCCAUAUUUCAGUAAAACAACAAAAACACAAAAGACUGGGGCUAUAUACAUUUGUCAGAAACUUACAGAAUCUUCUGCUCCGAACAAACUUUGCUGCUCGCUUACAGGAGUCCAACACUCAAAAUCGUCAUCAGCCAUCUAAAGAACAGAUUACAAAAUAAAUACCCAGACAUAGUCUACGAAACCAAACUUGCAUGUUUUGUGAACACUGAUUUUUUCAGUUUUUAAGAUAUUUUUAAGAGAAAAAUACACUAUACUUACAACAGUGUGGCUGACAUCAGUUGGAUCUUCAGAACAAUCGUCAGAGUCAUGGUCAGGGGAAUUAGGAUUCAGGGUCUGUUAUAUGAGAACAAUAUCAAUAUCCUAACUGAACUUAUUAAAGUUCAUCCAGUAAGAUAUUAAUAAGACACAUUAACAUACAAGCAACACAUAAUUUAACUAUUACUGGUCACAGUUUAUCUUUACUAUUGUAGCAACAAGAAUUUAAAAUGAAACUUACAACAACUUCUUCUGUCACUCUGGAUUGAUUUUGUGAAGAUAGUCCACUUAGGGGGCUCCAGACCACAGGACUGUCAUUAGUUCCUGGCUAAAAAUAGUAAUAAAAAAAAUAUGUAUAGCAUUCACAUUUAGCAAAGACAACAUAUUCAAUACUAUUUUCCAGAAUAAAAAGAAAUUAAAAAUUAGAAAACCAGGGCUGGUAAUCCUUCAAGAUGUUUUGACACAACUACCAAUAUUUUGAUACUACUUUCUGAAUAUUUUUGAAUAACAUUUUGAUAAAAUCCAUUUUAAUAAAUGAAUUUGUCUGCUAAAAUAACAGAAAAAAAUGUUCCACGUGAGACAAUACUGACCAAAUCUUGGAUUAAUGGACAAAUCUCCUCAGUCAAUGCUUUCCUGUGAUUAAGAACAAAUAAACAAAAUAGCUUGUUAAUACAUGUAUACAGGGUUCUCACCAGGAUUUUUUUCAGUGUAACGGGAGGUUGAUAGCAACAUUAGCUAGCUGUCAUUUAGCUACUGCUAAUGCAGAAUCACAGCAGCAUUGUUUACAGUCAGUUAGAAUAAAACAAAACACUGACCUUUUUUUCCAUCGUUUUGUUCUUGCUGGAAUCUCCACUUUAUCAGAACCCGGGAGAAUAUAUUUUCUUUUUAAUCUGUCCAUUUUCCUUAGUAACAGGCACUCGUGGGCAACCCAGAACAGUGGCCCGCCACUGACGUUACUGGACGAACUAGCCAAUCACAGCACAGAGAUGUUAUCCAAUCACAGGACAGUAACCGCGAAAAGAGGAGACGGAUGAGGAGACGCAGACGGAUCGACUUUGUGAACUAUCAUGUCCAAGUUUCGGUACGCUCUUGUUUCUUGGGCAGAAGGACCCGACAAAGAUGCUGUCAGCAUUGUACCGACAAACUGGAUCAUUGACUUUGACCCCACGGAUACUUCCAGAACAUAUCUCGUGGAGUGUCGAGUUGCUAACGGCAAGAAGCCUGCUAAUGGUUGGCAAGUUGAGCCGGCAGUGGUGCUGCAGCUAGCAGAAAAAGAGUCUACACUGAGGUCUGCCGAGCGGGAACUUUUAAAAGUGGACAAGCCAAAACAUGACAAGAGACCCAGGAAACCUAAACGUCUUUUCCAUGAAGAAGAUGAUGAGGAAACAGCACCAAUUCCAAAAAAGAAACCCAAACUUGCAGCUCAGAGACGGGCUGAUGAAGAAAUUCUUUCUGAGGACAACCAACUUCGACCAGUCCAGAAUCCAGGGGAAUCAUCAAGCAUGGAAAACGCUGACCAAAUCAGAGUGCUUCAGAACCAGGUCAGGGCUUUGCAGAAGGAAAACACCAGACUGCGCAACAUGGUAGUUAAAGAAAUUCCAACUUUGUUGAUGGAAAUGAAAAACGUUCUCGCAAACCGUUCUCCCAUGGACCUCCGUCAGGUCGAAGGUGAAGGUGAAACUACACCUUGCAAACCUUCAGAAGUGAAAUUGGGGAAUGAUGGCACUACCACUGUCUCGGCUCAUUGUUGGGAGACUGCAAGAGCACAACCUACAGCUAAUGGGAUGGCACGAGUGCUGCUGAUGGGCCUCUUCAGUGUUGAUGUUCUCCUCAAAUCUAACCUGACCGGGGGGCUCAACAAAAUCGAUCCUACUGCAGAGCGGCGACAGGCUCUCGAUGGGAAGAAACUGCAGGCUUUACUUGAUGCUGUGGUGAACCAUCACCCAGGGACCAAGCUAUCUGAUUUAAGAAAAUCAAUCAACACAAGGAUUUGUGAGUUAAGGCACCAAGUGAAGCAAAAAAACAUGUCAAAUGUUAAAUAGGAUACCAAAAAGUUUUAUACUUUUGGUUCUUUUUGUUCUUUUCCUUGUUUGGAUAUUGUUGAUGUCAUGUAAUGACUAAAUUCUAUUUAAAUUUGUUUUUGUAUCGUGUUUUGUUACUCACACAUUCAGUGUUAGGUGUCUUUAUUUGUUUUUACCAAUGCAAAGCUAGCUUUAGUUUUGAACUUUCUGAGGAGGGAUUUAAAUCUUGCAUUGUAGGUGGGUGAUAGUUGCCAUCCAUGGCCAACCUUUCUGUUAAGGGACUUAAUUGCUAUGACUAAUGUUGGUAGACAGUCAAGCAUGUUUUAUAUCUAAAACACAAUUAAAGAUGUUUGAACACUCA